CACCCACAUAAACUGGUCCAUAUAGAUACCAUACCAUAUUUAUGAUAGCACCCAAAGAACUAUUUUUGGCCUUGCAAGAAAGUCAUGUGUCGUGUGUUAGUUAUUUAAACACUUGAGUCUUCCCGCACCCGUCAAAAGCCUCUAGAGCUGAAUAAUUCUUGCAACAACAAUUUUAGUUUAGCCUAGAGCUACAAUCACCAGACAAGUCCACAUAAUAACCAGAUUUAUGAUAGCAGCCAUAAAACUAUUUUUGGUCUCCAAGAAAGUCAUAUGAUUUGUUAGUCGUCUGUUAGUUAUUUUUUCGCUUUAUUAAGGGUAGUUCAUCAGCUCAAAAACUGCAUAAGUUGCAACUUUGUCGUAAACACAAAAUGUUGUCACUUCUUAUUUAUUUGACCACUGCUCCAGUCCUCCUCUGACUUCCCGCCUGGCCUCGCUGUCUUUAUUAAUUAAUUUCACUCGUAAAAAUCGUAAAACAAACAAGCAGAAGAGGGGGAAGCUAGCUCUACACAGCUAACGACAAUCGCAACAACAAUUACAAUUGCAAGCCAACGGGCAAAUAAAUAUUUAUGGAUGGCUAAACUCUGUCGACCACAGUGCCAGCCACAAGUGGGUGUCCCGAUGAGCUGAAAGUGCACUGGGGCCGAGCCCUCAGUGGGUCAGCCAGUGGGAUGAACUCUCUGGAAUGGAUUCCAAGGCCUUGUGGUCGGCGGUUCUGUUAUCCUUCGCCUUGUUACCCCGUUUUCCAGGCACACGUGGUGCAACACAACAGGCCGCUAUCUCUCGACGGGGUCGUAAAUGCCGUAAAUGCCCAAUGAUGGCUCACCAACACAGCCUGUGUUUCCAUUUGGGCCUUUAUUUCAUCGACGACCGGCAGACGGUGAAGACGUGUUCGGAGGCCCAAAAGCACAUUCGCUGAAUCUCAAGAGGCCCGAUUAGGGCAACUUAUCAGCCGGAGCGAUUAGAUGUGCGAUAGGGGAUUGCCAGCAAAACCAGCUUAGCAGCAGCUCCGUAAAACCACAAUCCGCUAUGACAACCUUGGGCGCCUGGGACUACACCAUACUGGCGGUGGUGCUGGUCAUCUCCGUGGCCAUUGGCGUCUACUACCGCUUCGUAGGCGGCAAGCAGAGCACCACCACCGAAUACCUGCUGGCGGAUCGCUCCAUGGGCGUAGCCCCAGUGGCCUUCAGCCUAAUGGCCAGCUUCAUGUCGGCCAUCACCAUACUGGGCGUCUCCAUGGAGAACUACCAGUACGGCACCAUGUUCGUGCUGAUCAAUCUGUCCUACGUGGUGUCCACGCCGGUGGCCGCCUACCUUAUCAUCCCGGUCUUCUACCGCCUGAAGACGGCCAGCGUGUACGAGUACCUGGAGCUGCGCUUCGGCUAUGCCACCCGACUGGCCGCCUCGCUGAGUUUCUCGCUGCAGAUGGUCCUCUACAUGGGCAUUGUGGUCUACGCCCCGGCCUUGGCCCUGGAAGCUGUGACCGGACUGAACCAGGUAUUCUCCAUCGUGAUCGUGGGAGUAGUCUGUACCUUCUACGCGACGCUCGGCGGAAUGAAAGCCGUUCUCAUCACGGACAUCUACCAAUCGCUCCUCAUGUUCGCCUCGGUCUUUUGCGUGAUCAUCUGCGCCUGGGUGAAGGCGGGCAGCCUGGAGACGAUAUGGCGUGUGGCGCAGGAGAACGGUCGCAUCAAUUUCACCAACUUUAGUGUGGAUCCCACGGAGCGGCACACUUGGUUCACCCAGAUCCUGGGCGGAAGUGCCACCUACCUGGCCAUCUAUGGGGUCAACCAAACGCAGGUCCAGCGCCUGAUGGCAGUGAGGAGUUUGAGUGCGGCUCGUGCGGCCCUGUGGUGGUGCCUGCCCAUUCUGUGCCUGCUGAGCGUAAGCACCUGCUUCUCCGGGCUGUGCAUUUACUGGUACUACCGCGACUGCGAUCCGCUGUUGGAGGGUCGGGUCAACUCGCGCGACCAGGUUAUGCCCCUCUUCGUCGUGGACACGAUGGGCGAGUACACCGGCCUCGCAGGGCUCUUCGUCUCGGGGAUCUUCUGUGCCAGUCUAUCAACGAUUAGCUCGAUAAUCAGCUCAUUGGCGGCUGUCACCCUGGAGGACUACCUCAAGCCUUUGGUUAGCUGCUGCGCCAAACGCACGCUCACGGAUCGCCAGACUUUGUGGUACUCCAAGUUGCUGUCGCUAUUCUUCGGAGCCCUCUGCAUUGGCAUGGCCUUCAUGGCGGGCUCGAUUGGAGGACUCCUGCAGGCGGCACUCUCAAUCUUCGGCAUCAUUGGCGGCCCUCUCCUGGGACUCUUCACGCUGGGCAUGUACGUGACCAAGGCCAACGAGAAGGGAGCCAUCGGAGGACUGCUCAUCUCGCUGGUGUUUUGCUUUUGGAUCGGUUUCGGCCAACCAAAGCCCCCACUGGUUAGCUUGGACAUGUCCACGGCGGGCUGUCCCAUUAAUAGAAGCUAUACUCGCGACAUUUUCCUCCAAGCUGCAACAGCGAAGGUUGAGGAUGAGCACUUCUUUUACCAGUACAGGAUCAGCUACAUGUGGUACGCUGCCAUGGGCUUCGUGAUUGCCUUUUUCGGCGGCUGGCUCUUAUCCUGGCUGUUCGCCGUCCUCAAUUGGGACAACAAUCGGCGCAUCUACCAGGAUGCGGACUGUAAACUGAUCAAGCACGAUCUCUUCGUGCCGCCGCUGGCCAAACGCCUGCAACGGCGACAGAUGCCGCUCCUGGUGGUCACCGGCACCAGCUCGGAGAUAGGCGGCAUCUCGGUGGAGACUGCAUCAGCCCCGCCGCGGCUGGACGAGAUCGAGUGGGAGAAACACAAGGCUGUGGCGUAGCUUAACAGACACUUUUAAGAGCUUAAAAACGCUGUUCGCAGCGUUUUAUUUGGCGCCGUUUUGAUUUUUGUUCUUCAUACUUACUUUGCAAGUUUCAUUCAGCUGACUUAGCUUUAUAUUGGGUCGCCCCAUCAAGUAGCGGCCUUAAAAAGAAAUCAUUUCAAAUAAGAACAAGUUGGGUGUUUUUCAAUAUGGUUAAGUUUAAUAGCAGUUUUAUACGAGCCUAAUUAAUCCACAUUAUCAUUAUAGAUGUUUAGAAACUAGUUGUCAUUAAAAAAAAAGUCACUUUGUUAUUUAUUAUGCGAAAGUGCAUCAAAUUGAA